CGCGGGCCGCAACCAUGAUGAGACCGGCCGCUGAGCAACUCAGUCGCGCACGUCACAUCACUCAGUCGGGUAGCUAUAGCAGCUAGUCGCCGUAGUCGGUUCAAACCCAGCUUGCGAAUCGCGACCCACACGUGCUCCCCGUCCAAUAUACACGCUAACUCGCCUCGCUAGUUGCUUCCCAGUAUAAUAUUAUAUAAUAGAUUAGCAACAACAAACCACCUUUGACCUUGCUGAACGGCUGGCAGCACGUGCUCGCAGUCGCCACGGUUAUUUCAGUCUGUUCAAACUGAAAAAAAAAAAUUUGGUGUUGCGCUAGUGACUGGUGAUUAUAACGGUAACCAGACCAAAACCAACCUCACCUACCUCUUAGUGCCUGUGUUAGUGUUAAAGUAUCGUGUUAGAUAUGUCUAACUCCUUGGAGCAGCAGUUUGCCGACCUGAGUCUAUCACAGGAGGAGCAUGAUCAAAUGUACGAGCAUGAGGACCACCAGGACAGCCGUUCGUCGAAGGUUCUGAUCAGCGGGCUGCCGCUGCACGUGCGCUUCGACAACAUCGAGCCUCUGCUGGCGACAUACGGGAACGUGCAGCAGUGCGACAAGGCGCACUCGCGCGACCCCAACUGCCAGGCUGUCUACAUCACGUUUGAGACGCCGGACCAGGCGCAGCAAGCCAUAAACUUGCUGAAUGGAUACGAGGUGGAGGGUCGCGCCAUGAAAGUGGAGGGAGUUGAUUCGGGCCCGCGCGGCGGUCGCCGUGGGCGGCCAGGUGGCGGGCGCGGCGGCCCCGGCGCCGGUGGCGCGCGCCCCACGGACUUCCCGCUGCGGCUGCUGGUGCAGAGCGACAUGGUGGGCGCCAUCAUCGGCCGCCAGGGGAGCACCAUCCGCCUCAUUACUCAGCAGAGCCGCGCGCGCGUCGACGUGCACCGCAAGGACAACGUGGGCUCCUCGGAGAAGGCCAUCACAAUCUAUGGCAACCCGGAAAACUGCACCAAUGCCUGCAAGCGCAUCCUCGAGGUUAUGCAGCAGGAGGCCAACAAUACUAAUAAGGGGGAGAUUUGUCUGAAGAUUUUAGCCCAUAAUAACCUGAUUGGGCGAAUCAUCGGCAAGGGCGGCAACACAAUAAAGCGUAUCAUGCUGGAGACAGACACAAAAAUCACCGUGUCUUCCAUAAAUGACAUCAACAGCUUCAACCUCGAGCGCAUCAUCACCGUGAAGGGCAGCAUUGAGAACAUGGCCAAGGCCGAGUCGCAGAUAUCCGCCAAGUUGCGCCAGAGCUACGAGAAUGAUCUGCAGGUGCUUGCACCUCAGAGCAUAAUGUUCCCGGGGUUGCACCCAAUGGCGAUGAUGUCCACACGCGGCUAUUGCGGCGCCCCACCCCCGUUCCCGCCGCCGAUCUAUGCGCCGCUUGGCUCGCAAGGAGCGCAGCAGGGCGCUGGUGACUCCCAGGAUGCACAGGAAACCACAUACCUGUAUAUACCGAACAACGCGGUGGGCGCUAUCAUCGGCACGAAGGGAUCGCACAUCCGUAACAUUAUCCGAUUUAGUAACGCGUCUGUGAAGAUCGCGCCGUUGGAACAAGACAAGGCGGAGGGAGCCGGUGCGGCCGCGGCUAUGGCAGCAUCUGCUGCUCAGGAGCGCAAGGUGACGAUUGUGGGCAGCCCCGAGGCGCAGUGGAAGGCGCAAUAUCUUAUCUUUGAGAAGAUGCGAGAGGAGGGCUUCAUGUCGGGAUCCGAUGAUGUGAGACUCACCGUCGAAAUUGUUGUCGCUUCUUCGCAGGUGGGGCGCAUCAUCGGCAAGGGUGGCCAGAACGUCCGUGAGCUGCAACGCGUGACCGGCUCGCUGAUCAAGUUGCCCGAGCAGGCGCUGCCCAGUGCGUCGGAUCACGAGACAACUGUGCACAUUGUGGGGCCCUUCUACAGCGUCCAGUCGGCGCAGCGCCGCAUCCGCGCAAUGGUGGCCCAGGCCACGGCGCCGAGCCGCCAUCGCCGCAACAACCUGCCGCCGCCGCAGCAGAACCAAGCACCGCAGCAACAAUAAAACAAACGCACACCGAAUACAUCGCCGCCGGCCCGCACCAACAAACAACGCAACAUGUGAACCACCGACUCUGAAUACGCUCGCGUUACGACCGCGCUCAAUGGCGGUAGGAUAGGAAUAUUUUAUACAGACUAUAUUCUGUAUGAUGCAUAAUAUGUAUAGCAUUGGGACCAUCAUUGUGGGAAAUACAAUUGAGCAGGCUGCCUCCUCCUCGUCUCAUCAGCACGGUCGUUGUGCGAGCAUAGGUAGAUCUUUUCUCCCCUCCGACAGCUCCUCCCCCUCGCUCGUUGUUAAUCAGGUAUUAUUAUCUUAGUAUAGAAUAUUGUAAUGAAGCAGAUUUAUCCCGCAAUGAAUAUAUUAAUGUUGAUUCGGUUUGCUCCGCAAAAUGUGAGUUUCGAGUAUUUAUUUAUUUUUAGCAACUAGUAGAUUCCUUAGUUUCUGCAAUAACAAGUCUUCUAGUUAACACAGUAUUAUAACAUUAGUUCAGUUAUUUUUUAUGUAUAGUAUAUUUAAUUUCACUGUCAUUAUAUGUUCGGUAUACACAUUUUGCGGUUAAGCCGGAUGAUUCUAUAUUAUAAUAUAUAUUUUUCAUAUACACUAUUAUUUUUCAUAGUAAACAGUUAACCAUGAGAUGUUUUUAAGUGUUAUAUUGUUUCCAUAGCAUAUUAUGUUAAUGAUGUCUGGUUGAUAGUGGUCAUUACUGUCAGACUAUACAAGUUUCCUAUGCUAUGUGUUCCCUCAAUGCAAUGUCUAUAAAAUAGUUGCAGUAAGCUCGACUAUAAUAUUUAUAAUAACACCUGGACAAUGCCAUAUGGAUUCCAUCCCCACUACCCCCAAUGAGCAAGCAACAUAAUGUGGUUAUCUGUUGAGGUGUCUGUUAUGUAUUUUGCUUAUUGGGGUGAGGUGAUCCAUUAUAGUUGUAGCUCGAGUAACCAAUAGUUAUGGAUGCUUUUGUUCACUUAUAUACAUAUAUACACAUGUUGAUAGCAAUAGUUAGUAUUACAACACAGUUUUUAUACAAACGAGAUGAGUUAUAUUGUUUUGUUAUAGAACUAAUAGAUUAAUCUGUUAAUGAACUGUUAUAUUGGAUGUUAGGUGCGUGGGUUUGCGUCUCUAUAUAUAACAGGAAGCGGUUGGAUCGGUGGUGCUACACUCGCCGGGCUGCGUGGGCCUCGCUGGGUGGGGCACCAUUGAUCAACAAAAAUAAUACAUAUACACCUACACAACUCGGACUUUCUGCGGCUGCUCUAGAGCCACCACAUUAAAUAAUCAUGGUACGAUUAAUUAUUAAGUGAUAUUUGUUGAUCGUUUCUUUGUGAUUGUCUUUGUUAAGCUUUUUUGUAACGGUAUGUUGACGUCGACGCCGUCACUAGGCGGAGUCGCGGGCGGCGCUAGUACGCCAAGUGUAGAUUUGUGUUAUAAUUGUGCCAAGUGAGAUAUUUAAUUGAGAGAUUAAGAUUUAAGUGAAAGAUAUCAAAAUUAUUGAGAAUCUUCUUAGGUGUUUAUAAUUAUAAAUGUGAUAAUAAUAUAUGGAAGUCUCGGUGAAACGUUGGGAAUGUUUCACAGUAGUAUGGUUACAUCUCGUCUUAGUUUUAUUGAAUUAAUUGUAUAGGUGGCGGCGAGAAGCCAGGCGCCAACAUGAUACCUGCGAUUGUUACUAAGUGACCUCCGCGCCGCGGUCGCCCAACUUGCCGGACGGCUGUACCCGAUCCACUUCCACAUAUUAUUAAUAAUGUAUAAUAUCUCUCGCAAUUGGCACGAAGUAUCCAGCUUAGCACCGACUUAUUUCUACCUACUAUUCCAUGCACAACAAUGGAUUGUUUUACCACUUAAUACAUACAACAGAAGAUAGACACGUCAAUUGACCGAAGGUUUUCGUUACAUCUCUCGAUUUGACAUAUAAUAUGAGGCAGGUAUGCUAGCUACCUGCUCCAUUAAUAUCAGCUAUUGUAUACAAAUAGCAGCGAGAAAAGUGUGAUGCGUCCUAACAAUAAUGACAGUUGGAGACAUUUUCUUGUCUGACAUUAUUGUUGAACGUGACAGAAAGUAAAUAGCCAUUGCCGAAAAAUACGGUUGAAGGGGUGACUCGCGUUAAUUAAUGUACUUGAUUGUAUCAGAGCGGGACUUGCUAGACACCGAGUUAUUCCUUCAUCCAUCCUCACUGCAUGCUAUUUGUAAAUGUGUCCGAACAUUUUGUACAUGGACAUGGGUACAAAAAACCCAGAGGUAAAUAUUCCAUAUAGGUCUUAAAGAAGAAAAUUAUUUUCAUCCAAUGGUAACACUGCGUGAAUCCUUUUGGGUUUUUUUUUAUAAAUGAAUGUUCAUAUGAAGUGUGGAGUACAGAGGUAAAAAGUACUUAAAGCAGCACCAAACUGUGUUUCCCAUCGGCACACAUACACGAAUCACAUUCCACUGUGUACGUUAUUAUUUAAUAAUAUUAUUAAUAAUAACCCGAGACUGUGACGUGAAUGACUGUCGGCCGCUCGAGCGACGCGCCGCUCAUUCACUGGUCACAGUGUACUGCGACGCAGCGCCCGGACCUCGGACACGUCGACUGGUCGGCGCGGCCGCGGCGGGCACUGCUCUCGUCUCGACGCGGGCGUGACUAACUCGGAAUGCAUCGUCUCGAUGCUGUAGUUUCUCAUAUAUUAAUUUCUUUUAUUUCAACCACCGAUAGCGCUACACUUUGGCGAGGUGUUUUAUAGGCUUAAGGUCUUUUUAAGUAUUUUUUUUUGUAUAAAAAUCUGUUUUGUUUUAGUAUUUGAGGUUUGCAUGAGGGUUAAUUUAGAUUGGUCUCGAGAACGGCUGUUCAAACCGCGACACUCCUUUAUUUACUAAUUGAACUAAUUUGUAUCGAGUGGUGUUGCGUAUUAUCUUACGAUGAUUAUUCGUGCUCACAGAAUUAAGAUGAAAAACUGAAUAGCAGUUGAUAACAUAGGUAGCGCACAUAAAGAGCGGCGCGGUUUGUCAGUUACUAUGUUGUUACAGUCACCAUUGUCACACAGCGAAAGCAAUCGGAAACCUUUGAAUAAGAUAAUAGUGUGACGUUAUAACAUCGCAGUGGUCUCGAGAUGUUGCGAUUGAUGCUCUAGGCAGGCGUCGGGAACGAUCGCGAUGCGGGGACUAGAUAUUAUAUAUAGGCGAGGCUCGAGGUCGCUCCCACUCAUAGACGGCUUACUAUGGCUAUGUCGCUUGAAGACGCUUAACGACGCUUGGCCGUUACAAGUGCUGAUCUGUUCCAUAUUACCCGCGUCGCGUUCAUCCGCCCGUGGGCCCAAUACUUCGACACAGGUGAUCAGAAAAAGCAUUUGAAACGGGCACGUGUCGUUCAGCCCUGUUAUAGCAUUGCCCACGGGCAGAAGAAUAUUUGAAUAGUUUUUAGUUGAUUAUUUGUAUUGUUGUGAAAUAGUGCUAAGUUUGCGGGCAUGGGCGGGCGUGGCCAGAGACUGAAUUACACCCGCCGCUGUUCCGCCCAGCGCCCGCUUCAUUUUAUCCCCUCCCCUCCUCCUCCUAGGUCCUGCCCGCGUAUGCCCAAUCCUCGGCCUCAGUUUCUUAACCUGAAUACGACCGUGCUAUGUCCGCAUAUGUUGUUAUACCUAGUUUUUGCGUCGAUUUAACAUCGAUUUAAUUUACAAAUGGUGCAGACGGUUAAAAGUAGGCAAGUGUCUCGCGAAAUAGCUGGACGGCAGGUCGGCGCAGGUUUAAGGAGCGCAGUCGGUUGAGUGGUUGUGUCGCAUGUCCUCGCUCACCACACAAAUCACCCGCUAUCCAUGUAUCGCUAUCAUUCUUGAGCACAGCCCGCAGAGGACAGCGAGGCCUGCGGAUAUGCAAGCACCCACUGUCUCUGUAGUUGUACUGUCAUAUAUUAUUUCUAUAAGAACUUAUUUUAAUUUGUAAUGUGUGUAAUCCCAUAAAUGUGUAUUGAUUAUAAUAGCAUGUGAUUGAAUUUUAUUAAUUUUGCAUCAUUUUAUUAAGAAUUAUUUUAAUUGAAUGAUUGAAGGUAUUCUGAAAUAUGAAUACAAUAUAGAGUUAUAGUAUAUUGUGUAAUAUUGAAUAGUAAAUGUUUACGUAUGAAUAAGUUGAGGCCAGCGCGUAUUCUUGUUGUUGCUUCUCAAUAUCGUCUUUAAGAUCCAGUGUACCAUUUAUAAGAUUACUUUUCGUUUACCACCCACGUACAGUUGAGUGCAAAGAUAUCGUUGUGUAAAUGUUUUAAUAUGAUCGAAACGAGACUUAAAAUUAUUGCAUAGCAAAGACUCAAAAACCAUUUCACGAUCUAAUUACGAUUCUGUCAACUAGGAAACAAGAAACGGAAAGAUUGAGUCAAACAAGAUACGUGUUGACAGUAUUUUGUAUUGCCAUUUGAUAUUUAGCACUUGAUUGUGUCACCACCAAGUUACACCUAAAAAUUGUCUUUUACUCUUAUUUUAUUGCCUAUUUUCUUUUUGUAAUUGGUAUAAGUUCUGAAACUAAUAACUACCUCAAUAUUACUAAAUGAUAUAAUAAUUAUCUUCGCAUGUUUUUUGGAACUGAAAUUUCAAUAUAGAUUAAGAGCUAUUCUACAGUAAUAGUAUAUUGUCAAAAUUAGGUUUCUUAAUGUAAUAAAAUCUAUGGAAUUUGA